AUGGUCAAGUAUGGGCAGCUAGUUUUUCUUAUUGCGUUGGAACGCGGCGUGCAUAUCGUGAAUCUUGAUCCAGCGAACGAGCAUGUGCCGUAUCCAUGUGACAUAACGCUGUCGGAGCUCAUCAGUGUUUCGGAUGUGAUGGCUGAGCUGGAUCUCGGUCCAAAUGGCGCUAUGCUAUACUGCAUGGAGUAUUUGGAGCAGAAUCUCGACUGGCUUGAGACACGAUUGGCUGCAUUGGAGCAUGACUACGUGCUUUUCGAUCUGCCGGGGCAAGUCGAGCUAUCGACGAAUCAUCCCAGCCUGCAGCGGAUUCUCGAGCACUUGCAAAGAAAGCAUGAAUGGCGUGUACGUGAACAUAGAGUGGCUGUGUGCCCAGCUCAACACGAGGCGUGCAAGGGCUAA